AUGAAACCAGUGUUUGAUGAAAAUUGGAUGAUUACGAGAUGGGGUGGAAAACACAAUUGUUUGAAGGAGCACAUUUCGCAGGGACAUAGACAACUCGAUACGGACGUUAUUGCAGAUCUCGUCAUAGGAAUGAUAAAGGAAGAACCAUCUGUGUCAAUCUCUUUGGUGAAAGAAAGGAUAACCGCUAAAUAUGGCUUUAAAGUUUCCUACAGAAAGGCGUGGUAUGCGAAGCAGAAAGCGAUCGCAAUUAUGUACGGUGAUUGGGAGGAAUCGUACGCUUUUUUGCCAAAGUGGUGCGAAUACAUGCUGCGCUUUUCUCCAGGUUCAUUUUAUAAUAUCCAAACAAAUGAUCUUUAUGCAGAGCAGAGCUUAGUUACUGGAAAGAAGGUGUUUCAUCGCAUAUUUUGGACGUUUAGACAGUGUUGUGAGGCGUUCAAAUUUGCCAAACCCGUCAUUCAAAUUGAUGGAACACAUUUAUAUGGGAAGUACAAAGGCAAAUUGUUGGUGGCCACAGCCCAAGAUGGUAAUGAUGAAUGUUUACCGAUUGCUUUUGCCAUCGUUGAAGGCAAGACCUUGGAUGCAUGGAACUAUUUUCUUGUUAAUAUUCGUGCUCAUGUUACUGACAUGUCAAACAUAUGUUUGAUCUCCGAUCGGCAUCGUAGCAUAGUAUCUGCUGUGGAGAAUAACCCUAAUUGGCAGCCACCAAAUGCAUAG